CUCCUCCGGCCGGGCCCGCUUCCCCUCUGCCUGAUCAGCCGCAGAGCAGCGGGAGCCGCCCGAGCGUUCGCUGCUCCUAGGCUGCCUCUGCGCCCGCAGCCAGCGCGCGCCCACCAGCUCAACCGCCGCCGCGUCUCGCGCCCCCGUCGGCUCACGGCGCGAGCCGCUUGGGAGGCGGCUGCUGCUCCAUCUCGCGCCGCGCGAGGCGUCGCUGGUGUCUGCCGAGGAUGGGUCGCGGGGUGCUGCCUUUGCUGUUGCUGUUGGAGCUGGCCGGGCGCUGCGCCGCCGCCAUGGACGAAUGCGUGGACGAGGCGAGCGGGCGGCCGCAGCGCUGCAUGCCCGAAUUCGUGAACGCCGCCUUCAACGUGACCGUGGUGGCCACCAACACGUGCGGCUCGCCGGCCGAGGAGUACUGCGUGCAGACCGGCGUGACCGGGGUCACCAAGUCCUGCCACCUGUGCGAUGCCGCCCAGCCCCACCUGCAGCACGGCGCCGCCUUCCUCACCGACUACAACCAGGCCGACACCACCUGGUGGCAGAGCCAGACCAUGCUGGCUGGGGUGCAGUACCCCAGCGCCAUCAACCUCACCCUGCACCUGGGAAAGGCAUUUGACAUCACAUAUGUGCGCCUGAAGUUUCACACCAGUCGGCCUGAGAGCUUUGCUAUCUACAAACGUACCAGGGAAGAUGGUCCGUGGGUACCUUACCAGUACUACAGUGGCUCUUGCGAGAACACGUAUCAGAAAUUAAACCGAGGCUUUAUCCGGACUGGGGAGGAUGAACAGCAGGCACUCUGCACGGAUGAGUUCAGUGACAUCUCUCCACUCACAGGUGGCAAUGUGGCUUUUUCAACACUGGAGGGGCGGCCCAGUGCCUACAAUUUUGACAACAGUGCUGUGUUACAGGAAUGGGUGACGGCUACUGACAUCCGAGUGACCCUCAAUCGUCUGAACACCUUUGGAGAUGAAGUUUUCAAUGAUCCAAAAGUUCUCAAGUCCUAUUAUUAUGCAAUUUCUGAUUUUGCUGUGGGUGGCAGGUGCAAGUGCAAUGGCCAUGCAAGCGAGUGUGUGAAGAAUGACUUUGGGAAGCUAUCGUGUAACUGCAAACACAACACUUUUGGGGAAGACUGCGAGAAGUGCCUUCCCUUCUACAAUGACAGGCCAUGGAGAAGAGCAACAGCAGAGAGUGCCAAUGAAUGUUUGUCCUGUAACUGCAAUGGGCGGUCACAGGAGUGUUACUUUGAUGCUGAACUGUACCGCUCCACGGGCCAUGGUGGUCACUGCAUUGGCUGCUUCGAUAACACUGAUGGUGCCAACUGUGAAAGGUGCCGGGAGAACUUCUAUCGCCUUGGAAGUGAGGAAGGAUGUUUACCAUGUAACUGUAAUGCUGUUGGCUCUCUCAGCACUCAGUGUGAUAACUACGGCCGGUGCAGCUGCAAACCAGGAGUGAUGGGAGAUAAAUGUGACCGAUGCCAGCCAGGGUUCCAUUCCCUCUCAGAGGCUGGGUGCAGGCUAUGUUCAUGCAAUCCUGCUGGCAGCACAGAUGACUGCAGUAUCGAAACAGGGCGAUGUACCUGCAAGGACAACGUGGAGGGAUUCCACUGUGAGAGAUGUAAACCUGGAUUUUUCAAUCUGGAUCCAGCCAAUCUGAGGGGCUGCACCCCUUGCUUCUGUUUUGGUCACUCCUCGGUCUGCACCAAUGCCGUUGGCUACAGUAUCUACAGCAUUGUCUCCAACUUCCAGACUGGGGAGGAAGAGUGGCGUGCUGAACAGCGAGAUGGCUCUGAAAUUUUACUCCGGUGGAGUGUGGAAACCCAGGACAUCUCUGUUAUCUCAGACAGCUAUUUCCCUAUCUAUUUCAUUGCACCGGGCAAGUUUUUGGGCAACCAGGUUUUGAGUUAUGCUCAAAAUCUGACCUUCUCCUUUCGGGUGGAUAGGCGGGACACUCGUCUUUCUGCAGAGGACCUGGUGCUUGAAGGGGCUGGGCUUAGAGUAUCUGUGCCUCUUAUUGCUCAGGGCAAUUCCUAUCCUAGCGAGAACACAGUGAAGUAUGCCUUCAGGCUCCAUGAAGCAACAGAUUACCCGUGGAGGCCUUCUCUUACCCCAUUUGAGUUUCAGAAGCUGCUUUACAACUUGACUUCUAUCAAGAUCCGUGGAACAUACAGUGAGAGAAGUGCUGGAUACCUGGAUGAUGUCACUAUUGUGAGCGCUCGUCCUGAGCCUGGAACCCCUGCAACCUGGGUGGAGAGCUGCACUUGCCCAGCAGGAUACCAUGGGCAAUUCUGCGAGCACUGUGCCCCAGGUUAUAGGAGGGAGACACCUAGCCUUGGGCCAUACAGUCUGUGUGUGCUGUGUACCUGUAAUGGGCACAGUGAGAGCUGUGACCCAGAGACUGGUGCUUGCGACUGCAGAGAUAAUACUGCAGGCCCUCACUGUGAGAAGUGUAGUGAUGGGUAUUACGGAGAUGCAACUACAGGCAUUUCCUCAGACUGUCAGCCAUGUCCGUGUCCAGGGGGCUCCAGCUGUGCCGUAGUGCCCAAGACUAAGGAGGUGGUGUGCACCAACUGUCCUGCUGGUACCACAGGUAAAAGAUGUGAGCUAUGUGAUGACGGCUAUUUUGGAGAUCCACUUGGUGAAAAUGGCCCUGCCAGGCUUUGCCGUCUCUGCCAGUGCAGUGACAACAUUGAUCCCAAUGCUGUGGGGAACUGUAACCGCUUGACAGGGGAAUGCCUGAAAUGCAUCUACAACACAGCUGGCUUCUACUGUGACCGGUGCAAAGAUGGUUUUUUUGGGAACCCCUUAGCCUCCAGCCCUGAGGUUAAAUGCAAGGCGUGCAGUUGUAAUCCUUAUGGCACAGUAAACCAGCAGACAAACUGCAAUCAAGUAACUGGGCAGUGUGAGUGCCUGCCACGUGUCACUGAGAGGGACUGUAGUGCCUGUGAGCCUGGCUUCUACAACCUACAGAGUGGACGUGGCUGUGACAGGUGCGACUGCCAUCCGCUGGGUUCCACCGAUGGCCAUUGUGACAUACAAACAGGGCAGUGUGAGUGUCAACCAGGCAUCACCGGGCAGCGCUGUGAGAGAUGUGAGGUCAACCACUUCGGAUUCGGACCUGAAGGCUGCAAACCAUGUGACUGUGACACCGAGGGCUCUCGCUCCCUGCAGUGCAAGGAGGAUGGUCGCUGUGAAUGUAAGGAAGGCUUUGUGGGGAGCCGUUGUGACCAGUGUGAAGAGAAUUAUUUCUACAAUCGGUCCUGGCCUGGCUGUCAAGAAUGUCCUGCGUGCUAUAGACUGGUUAGAGAUAAGGUGGCAGAACAACGCGAAAGGUUGCAGGAACUGGAAAAUCUUAUAGCAAACCUUGGUACAGGAGAUGAAACGGUGACUGAUCAGGCCUUUGAGGACAGACUGAAGGAGGCAGAGAGAGAUGUCAUGGACUUGCUCCGAGAUGCACAGAACAGCAAAGAUGUGGAUCAGGGCCUGAUGGAUCGUCUCAAGGAAAUUAACAGCACUCUGGCAAGCCAGCUUGGCCGAUUACAAAACAUCCAAAAUACAGUGAGGGAGACUGAAGGCCUAGCUGAGCAAGCCCGAGACCGGGUGGAGAGCACAGAAGACCUGAUUGAAGUAGCUUCUAAUAUGCUAGAGAAGGCAAAGAUGGCAGUUGCCAAUGUGUCCAUUACCCCACCAGUCUCCAAUGGUGACCCAAACAACAUGACUCUCUUGGCAGAAGAGGCUCGUAAACUGGCUGAACGACACAAACAAGAAGCUGACGAUAUUGUGCGCAUUGCAAAGGCAGCAAAUGAUACAUCUACAGAGGCGUAUACAUUGCUAUUGAAGACACUGGCAGGAGAGAACCAAACUGCGAGUGACAUAGACGAGCUCAACAGGAAGUAUAAUCAAGCAAAGAACAUUUCUCGAGACCUAGAGAAACAGGCUAACAAGGUGCAUGCCGAGGCAGAGGAAGCUGGGAACAAGGCCCUGCAGAUCUAUGCUAAUCUCACCAGUCUUCCUGCUGUGGACUCCAAGGGUCUAGAGAAUGAGGCAAAUAAGAUCAAGAAGGAAGCAGAGGAGCUGGAUCAGCUCAUUGACAGGAAGUUGAAGGAUUAUGAGGAUUUGAGAGAGGACAUGAAAGGGAAGGAGCUGGAAGUGAAGAAUCUCUUGGAGAAAGGAAGGACUGAACAACAGACUGCCGACCAGCUGCUGGCCCGAGCAGAUGCUGCCAAAGCUCUGGCUGAAGAAGCUGCCAAGAAGGGAAGAGAGACGCUAGAGGAGGCCAAUGACAUUCUCAGCAACCUGAGAGAUUUUGACAAGCGUGUGAACGAUAACAAGACAGCCGCCGAGGGGGCGCUAAAGAAGAUUCCUGCCAUUACUCGAACCAUUGCUGAGGCCAAUAAUAAGACAAGGCAAGCAGAGCUGGCGCUUGGUAAUGCUGCUGAUGAUGCCAGGGAAGCCAAGAACAAAGCAGACGAUGCUGAGAAAAUUGCUAAUUCUGUCCAGAAGAAUGCUGCCAGUACAAAGUCUGAGGCCGACAAGACUUUCUCUGAUGCGACAGAGCUAGACAAAGAAGUGGAUGACAUGCUGAAACAGCUGCAAGAUGCAGAGAAGGAGCUGAAGAGAAAGCAGGAGGAUGCUGAUCAGGAUAUGAUGAUGGCAGGCAUGGCUUCACAGGCUGCCCAAGAGGCAGAAGACAAUGCGAGAAAAGCUAAGAACUCUGUUAACAGCUUGCUCACCAUCAUUAAUGAUCUUCUGGGACAGUUAGGGCAACUGGACCCAGUGGACUUGAACAAACUGAAUGAGAUCGAGGGUACCUUGAACACAGCCAAAGAUCAGAUGAAAGAUAGUGACCUGGACCGGAAAGUGACCGAAUUGGAGGAUGCAGCCAGGCGGCAGGACGAAGCCAUACAGGCCUACAACAGGGACAUUGAGGAUAUCCUGAAAGACAUUAACAACCUGGAAGAUAUCAAGAAGACCUUGCCGUCUGGCUGUUUCAACACCCCGUCCAUCGAGAAACCCUAAGGGUGUGCUGGGGGUGGGGGGUAUUCCCCCAGUGACUGGUGGAGCAAUUGUUUGGCUAUGGAGUGCCUUAACACACAGAGUACCUUCUUCGAAUCCUCAGCUCUCCGCUGCUCACAGUUGCUGUCUUUUUUCCAAAUCAGGAAAAGUUGCAAAGUUUUAAAGAGAAGCAAAUUAAAUAUCCAUUUUGGGGCAUCAAAAGUUUUUUUUUUUUUUUUUAUAAAUUUUCUCUUCCUCAACACUCCACCUUUGCCCCUCUCUCAUACACACUUCCCUUUGAUUUGCACAAUGAUGUGAAAUGUUUUGGACUACUCUUACUGCGGUGCAGAAAUGACCACGUGAGCCGGUGUACAGUGGGGCAAACUAGCUUUCGUUUUUCUCCUCUUCCCCCUAACAUGUUAAAACCUCCUCAGUCCCAGAGUUCGCUGUUUCUAUGAAGGAAAGGGUUGGCUAUCAAAGUAUUAUACAAUGGCCAGUAUAGCUGCACUCAUAAAGAACACUAAUCCCCUUCCCCAAAUGUUAACCAUUUUUUAAAAAAUCUACGUAAAUUAGUGGCCAAUCAAAAAUUUUUUUGUACCCAUCUACCAAAUGGUUUAGCAUCUUUCUAGAGUGCAGUAUAUCCAUCUACUGAGAAAGAUAUACAGCCUCUAAGAAGAGCUUGAGGGAGGAAAGGGAGAGGAAUGGGGUGAUAGGUCUCAACAACAUUACUGUUGACCUAUCAACUAGAAAUUUUGUCUCAUAUCUGUGAACAGCUGCCUAACCCAAUUCUCCAAGUAGGGAAUCUUGCAAGUGAUCAGCUCUGAUCUCCUCAGUAAUAGUCACUAGGAGUCUUCCUAGUGAAAACUUCCAGAGUUAGAGAGAGAGAGAGA